CCCAAAAUUGGGCUCAGCUAGGGAUCGGGAACGAGAUAGUAGUAGAAUUCGUGGGUUGGGGGAGAGAGCUUCGAUUGGGGUUUGAAGGCCUGCGUCGCGAUGGGUUCCACCGCUACACCGGAGGGAGAGCUGGGCUAUGUCCGCGAGUUCACUCGCCACUCCUCCGACGUGCUCGGCAACCUGAACGAGCUGCGCCUGCGCGGGAUCCUCACUGACGUCACGCUACUGGUUGGCGGGCAACCCCUUCGAGCUCACAAGGCAGUUCUUAUUGCCUGCAGUGGCUUCUUCUAUUCAAUUUUCCGAGGCCGUGCAGCAGUGGGGGUGGACGUGCUCUCCCUGCCCGGGGGCCCUGAAGCUGGAGGCUUCGCUCCUCUUCUGGAUUUCAUGUACACUUCGCGCCUACGCCUCUCUCCCGCCACUGCACCAGCGGUUCUUGCGGCCGCCACCUACUUGCAGAUGGAACAUGUGGUCCAGGCAUGCCACCGCUUCAUCCAGGCCAGCUAUGAACCUCUGGGCAUCUCCCUGCGGCCCCUGGAAGCAGAACCCCCCACGCCCCCAACGGCCCCUCCACCAGGCAGUCCCAGGCGCUCCGAAGGGCACCCAGACCCACCUACUGAGUCUCGCAGCUGCAGUCAAGGCCCCCCUAGUCCAGGCAGCCCAGACCCCAAGGCCUGCAACUGGAAAAAGUACAAGUUCAUCGUGCUAAACUCUCAGGCCUCCCAAGCAGGGAGCCUGGAGGGGGAGAGGAGUUCUGGUCAACUUUGUCCCCAAGCUGGGCUCCCCAGUGGAGAUGAGGCUUCCAGCAGCAGCAGCAGCAGCAGCAGCAGUGAAGAAGGACACAUUCCCGGUCCUCAGAGCAGGCUCUCUCCAACUGCUGCCACUGUACAGUUCAAAUGUGGGGCUCCAGUCAAUACCCUCUAUCUCACACCCCGGGCUCAAGAGGCCACUGCAUCACCCUCUGGACGGGCUGGUCCACCACCAGGAAGUGAAUUUUUCAGCUGCCAGAACUGUGAGGCUGUGGCUGGGUGCUCAUCAGGGCUAGACCCCUUGGCUCCUGGGGAUGAGGACAAGCCCUACAAGUGUCAGCUCUGCCGGUCUGCUUUCCGCUACAAGGGCAACCUGGCCAGCCACCGCACGGUGCACACAGGGGAAAAGCCCUACCACUGCUCCAUUUGCGGAGCCCGCUUUAACCGGCCGGCAAACCUGAAAACGCACAGUCGCAUCCAUUCGGGAGAGAAGCCCUAUAAGUGUGAGACGUGUGGUUCGCGUUUCGUACAGGUAGCGCAUCUGCGCGCGCACGUGCUGAUCCACACUGGGGAGAAGCCCUAUCCUUGCUCUACCUGCGGAACUCGCUUCCGCCACCUACAGACCCUCAAGAGCCACGUUCGCAUCCACACAGGGGAGAAACCUUACCACUGCGACCCCUGCGGCCUGCAUUUCCGGCACAAGAGUCAACUACGACUGCAUCUGCGCCAGAAACACGGAGCUGCUACCAACACCAAAGUGCACUACCACAUUCUGGGGGGGCCCUAGCUGAGCGAUGGCCGACCCCACUCACUUGCUGGAAGCAGGGAAAGCUGCCAGCCCACACCUAGUUUCUCUGGCAGACUUGGGCAUGGGGGUGUGUAAGGUCCCUCCAGUAUCAGAAACUGCCACCACCUUAAUUUCUCACUGGGGAGAGCGGGGGUGGCAGAUCCCAGUUUGAUUUGCCUGUUUUGCUGGUCAAAACCUCUUCCCCACAAUCAAAAUUGUUUCUGAGGAGAAAGCUAGGAGCUGGGGGAGGGAGACUGGAGGCCCCUGUUUCCUUAAGGGAACAGUCCUCUACCUGCAAUGCUCAUCUUUCAAUUUAUCUGUAAAUAUAAUUUAUUGAGGCCUUUGGGUGACACCAGGGCCUUCAUUGUAUUGCAUUUCCCACCUCCCUCUUCCACAAGUGUGAUCAAAAGUGACCUGAAACAGAAUGUGAGGUCACAGCUCUGCUGGCAGAGAUUAGCACUUGGCUGUCUCCUUUGGCUUGAAUGUUUUAUAUUAUUAUCGCCAUAACUUUUAUCUUUAGAGUUGUUCUUUCUCCCAUUUGUUUGCUUGUUGGUUUGUUUAAAAUGGAGAAAGGGGUUCUCUGUGUCCUGUCCUUCCAAUUCUAGGUCUGGAACCUUUAUUUGUUCUAGGGCAGCUCUGGGAACAUGUGGGUUUGUGGAGUUGGGUCAGGAACCCUCUCUGGUAUUCUGGAUAUUAUAAGUUAUCUAGUAGGCUAGAACAGGGUAGACUUUUCUCUGUUCUUCAAGGGUUAUGGGAACCUUUAUGGUGAGCCUGAAAUGGGAGGUAAUAAAUGCCUCCUGAGGGCUGUGGGUGUGGCACCUUUGUCAGUCUUGGAACUGGGGGGACGACUAGAGAAGCUUUCUCUCAUGCUCCUGAUUGUCCCAUUAGUCUGGUCACCUAGGUUUGAUUCUGCUGUGUCUGUCAUGAUAGAGCCCAUAAUCCUCCCCUUAGGGUCUGUUCUUAGCAAUGAGUUGAUCCCUCCAUGAAGGAGAGAUCUGAAAUUCCUUAUCAGAGAUGUGCCUUUUCUGAUACUGCCCAGUCUCUAAGAAUGUUAUGACCUAGGGGAGAAUUUUGAAACUCUUUAUCUUGACUAAAUAGUAAAGAGUCAUGUGACCAGUCCUUUACUGUAGAGGCAUCUGGGCUUGAAUGUUCCUUAGGGUUCUCUUUACCUGAGACAAACCCCUUCUUCCUUCAGUGGGUUUUUGGACUUCUGGCAAAUGUCCAGAUUCUAGAAACUUCUUUGCCUCUAGAAGUCACAAGUGCUUGGUAACUUUCUUACCUUAGAAAAGCUGGGUCUGUGACCUGGUCUGUCCAUCACUGCAUUCCUGUCUGGAACCAGUGAAUGCAUUAGAACCUUCCACAGGGAGAGUAAAGGGGUUGAGUUCCAUUUUGGAUUUGCUAUAGUUUGGGAUUAUGAUUGGGAUUACUGUUGGGAUUAGAGAUUUAGAAGAUUUAAGACUGAUUGAUUGAUGGACCUUCUAGUGGACCAAGUAUCCAGGUAGAAUUAAGAGGUUGGUUGAGGGGUGCAGUCUCUGGUUUGGCCAAGUAGGUAGAAAGUUAGGAAUGGGGUUGCCUCUUAAUUGGAUGGAAUGUCUGUAAUAUUAGAUGACACUCUGAAGCCUUGAUUUACAAUCCUGCCCCUUUUGCUCUGGAGCCUAUUUGAUUAUGGGUCAUGGGGUACAGGGUAAGAAGCACUUUGAAUUUUGGGGGAGGAGCUUCCUCAAGAUAGGUCAGUACUAGUGGCUGUCACUUGGGGACUGGUGAGAAAGCUACUCUUCUCCCUUUUACUCCCCACUGCAGACUUGAAGGAGGGAGGGGAAGCAGAGGAGAGAUAUGAAAAGGAACCACGAUUUUUUUUUUUUUUUUUUUUUUUUUUAGCAGACUGGAUGGGCAGGUGGAGAGUGUCUAGGGGUGGAGAUAUUAGAUCUUGCAAGAUCAGAA